AUGUCGGUACGUAGAUCCGAUACAAGCAGUCAUAUUUCAAUCGCAGAUGAAUGCAUAUCUGCAUUCAACCAGCUCCGAACGGGCCCAGAAUUUACCAGACCCAAGUUCAUCAUCUACAAGAUCUCCGACGACAACAAGAGCAUCGUAGUCGAGGAAACAUCUACGGCAAAAGACUACGAGGUCUUCUGUCAGAAGUUAUCAGCUGCAGUCGACAAAGAUGGCAACCCAGCUCCACGGUAUGCCAUCUACGACAUGGAAUAUGACCUCGGGAGCGAAGGGAAGCGUACCAAGGCCAUCUUCGUCCACUGGGGCCCUUGCCACGCGCCUAUCAAGCUGUGCAUGCUCUACGCUAGCAGUAUGCAGCAAUUCAAAAGAGCUUUAGAUGUCAACGUCUCGGUUUAUGCGGACAUCCUGGAAGAGCUUGAAUGGGAGGUUGUCUUAAAGGAGGUCAGUGGGGGCCAGGCAUAG